AUGGCCAAGCUCUUUCUUUCUCUACUAACCUAUCUUCUCCUCGCUGGCUCCAUCCUAGCCACACAUCAAGCCAGCUGGCAGCAAGGCCGUUGCCAGAUCUCGAGGAUUAACGCCGAGGAGCCCUCCUACACCCUCCGGUCCGAAGGCGGCUUGACCGAGUCUUGGGAUCACAAUUCCGACGAGUUCCGGUGUGCCGGAGGCUCUCUCCACCGCCACCGGAUUCAGGCGAGAGGCCUCAUGCUUCCGGCCUACCACAAUGCCCCCGUUAUAGCUUACGUCGUUAAAGGGAGGGGUAUUUUCGGGAUACUGUUGUCGGGCUGCCCGGAAACUUUCGAGUCGUCACAACAACAAGAGUCGGAGGAGGGGACAAGGGAGAGGUUCAGGGACAGGCACCAAAGAAUCGAACAUUUCAAAACAGGCGACAUUAUUGCGAUCCCGGCUGGGGCAGCCCAUUGGGCCUAUAACACCGGCGACGAGGAGCUGAUCGUCGUUGCCUUGCAACAUACCGACAAUCCCACCAACCAACUCGACCGCAACCCUAGGUCGUUCCAACUCGCCGGAAAGCUCCAACAGCAGCAACAUCAAGGCGGCCCACAGCAGCAACAGCAACACGAGCAAGGCAACGUUUUCCGAGGAUUCGACUCUCAGACUCUGGCCCAGGUAUUCGGCGUGAACGAGGAGACAGCCAGGAGCCUCCAGUCCGAAAACGACGAGAGGGGCCACAUCAUCACCGUCCGGCGGGGACUCCACGUCAUCACGCCGCCACUGACCCGGGAGGAGUACGGCCGCCGCGGGGAGGAAGAAGACCGGCCGUACAACGGCCUGGAGGAGACCAUCUGCAGCGCCAAGGUGAGGGAGAACAUCGAGAGGGCCUCACGCGCCGACGUAUACAACCCACGCGCCGGGCGGCUGACCACCGUCAACAGCCUCACACUCCCCAUCCUGAGCUUGCUCCGCCUCAGCGCAGCCAGGGGAGUCCUCUACAGGAACGCGAUAAUGGCGCCGCACUGGUUCGUGAACUCGCACAGCUUCCUGUACAUCACGCGCGGCGCGUCGCGGAUGCAGAUCGUGAACCACCGGGGUCAGGCGGUGUUCGACGGCGAGGUCCGUGAGGGCCAGGCAGUGGUGGUGCCGCAAAACUUCGCUGUGGUGAAGAGGGCCGGCGAGCAGGGGUGCGAGUGGGUGGAGUUCAACACCAACGAGCAGGCGAUGAUGAACACCCUCAGCGGCCGGACCUCCGCCUUGAGGGGGCUGCCGAGGGACGUCAUCGCCGCCGCGUACCAGAUCUCGCCGGAGGAGGCGGAGAGGCUCAAGUUCUCGAGGGAAGAGACGCUCUUCUUCAGCGGCGAGAGGUCUCAGAGGGGUAGGGUGGCUUCCGCUUGA